AUGGCGGCGGCAGGAUACCGGAAAACGUUAAGUGUUGCACUGGUACGAGGAUUGAGACUGAUAAUAAUAAAACGCGAUGAAACCUGCGAGAACGAGGACACAUUCGAUUCUGAGGCAGUGUUUGAUACUGAACUGGCACUGGCUGCUAACCAGAACGACCGACUACCGAGGAGCGAAGCUAACAGGGCGAGGGGUGCCGGAAAAAAUUUUUGGGAAAAUUUGAAGGUGUAUAGGAAGUUUUAUUGGGAAGCGGAGAAACGCCAGGAGAAGGGCGUCGCUCGAUCCCGGUGA